AUGUCAAGUGACGAUUGGCUUGAUAAUGAACUACAACCACCACCGCCACCACCAACCAAUUCCAAAAAGAAAUCAAAAAAAGCAGCUCGUCCAGUUGAUGAUCCGGUCGAUGAUACAUUUGAUAACAUGCUCGAAAGCGCUGAAAAGUCUGCUAAUCCUAAAUCGAAACCGAGUCGACGAGCUAUUGCUGAAUCAGCAGGUGGUUGGUCGAAUGAAAUUAAUGAUGACCAUGGCAGUUUAGACAUUUCAACUAUGCCUCCUAGCCAAUCGACUAUGGUUCGACAAAGUAAUCGUCGAGCAGCAGAAGAAAUUAUUGCUGCAGACAUUCCUACGAUUCCUAUGGAUGAUGCUGAUGGUGAUGAUACGAUUAAUAUGGCUCCAGAAGUAGCUGUUGCUCCUGAAUUUUCUAUUCAUCAAAUUGCAUCAUUCAAAGAAAUUGAAAAUGAUUUUUGUCGUGAACGUGCAAGUCAAUACAUCGAUAGCAAAAUUGAUAUUGGCAUAUUAUAUAAUAAUCUGCAUUUACAAGAAGAACUCGAUGCUGAAGAACAAAAACUUUGGGACUGGGACAAAGUCUUUGUCGAAAUUCGAAAUUCUAUCACCAAUCCAAGCACGUGA